UUCUGCUUCCUGUCUGACUGCAGACUAACAUGGCUAACUACCUCUCUCUACACCAUAGGUGAUUACUUCAUUCUUUUUGUUAAUUAUUAAUGAAGGACUCUGCACAUUGGUUUUGGAAUGGAGCCUUAUCUUAUCAUAAAAUACAAUGUCACUGCAAGGCACAGGCAUGAAAGACCCAGCAAGCAAAAAUUACAUACAAAUACUUUUAAGAUCUUCCAGCCAAAUCAUAAAGAGAAGCUAACACUUUUGAGAGUUAACUGAAGCUGUGGAUGAAAAGUUGUCUGCCACAGAAAAAAAGAUUGUUUGCGUGAGAAAACCUAGGAACAUAUCUAAGACUUUUACAAGGCGAUCUUCAAAUAAAAAGGGCUGAGGAAAAAAUGCUCCAAUGGAUAGCCUGCAGAAAUUCAUUCUGGUCUCUUUCACUCUCUUUGUUUCACUAACAGGUCUUGGCUUCUGUUAUACUAUUGUCCGGGGUCCUGCGAAUGCAACAGUUCUAGCUGGUUCGGAGGCCCGGUUUAACUGCACUGUCUCACAGGAUUGGAAAAUCAUCAUUUGGCUUUCAAAUGGGAAACUUGUUCUUACUGUAGUUAAUCCUACAGGACCUGUUAUAACAGAUAAUCGUUUCACCUCUCAAAAUUAUACAGCUGGUAAUGAAUUUACCUCAGAGCUGAUUAUCCAUGAUGUCCGUCAGAGUGAUUCUGGGAAAAUAGAAUGCAGCAGUCAAGGCGGUAGUGAAAAUGGCUAUGCAUUUCUUACUGUUCAAGUUAAUGGAUCUUUGUUCAUCAAAGAUAGCAACUUGACAGUAAAAGUGAACAAAACAAUUGAAAUUUUUUGUGAAGCCUUAGGAUGGGCUCCAGCUCCAAACAUUACCUGGAAGAUAAAUAACUCUUUCGUAGAUAAAUCGAUGUAUAUUACUGAACACGGUCAAGAAUCUAAUGGCCUUCACAAUACAACCAGCAUCUUAACUUUGACUCCAUUAACCAAUGAGACUCUGACUUGUUUAGCUGAUAUAGGAGCAUUGUCUAAGCCACAGAAUGCGACUGUAACUCUUAUUUUGGUUGAAUCUCCUCUAGAAAACACAGGAGACGGUACAAGCACAUGGAUUAUAAUAGUUGCAGUCGUAGUUUCAGUUGUCUGUUUUCUUCUUCUGAUCAUUAUUAUUGUGAUUAUUGUAUACUGCUGCCACCGCCAAAAAAAGAAAGAAUCCACCUAUCAAAAGGAGAUGAGAAAAGUUUCAGCUAAGAAAAAAGAUGAAGGCAGUCUGGAAACAAGGAGGAGGAAUGGUAGUGAAAAUAAUGGAUACAUUCCCGAGGAGUCAUGGCACCCAGAACAAAUGCCAAAGGUUGCCUCUCUUCCCCCAAUGGCCUCCAACUUCUAUGGCCCAGAAGAUUUAGAAGUCAGUUCUACAUCACAGGUCCCCCAUGAAGCACAGGACAACAGAGCUUCAUCUUCAGGAUAUGCUGGUUAUCCAGUCAACCCAAAGAAGAUCAGAAAUGUGACACAUGUUUAGGGAAUACUUCUGCCUGAAGUUUAUAUAUCAGCUAUCAUUUUUGCUUUUGGAAGACUGCUUAUGAAAAAGAAAGAUCACCAUUGUUUUACCUUUUUUUUUGGAAAAUAGGACCAUAGACUUAUUUUAUUUAUUUUUCACAUAAUGAAAACAACUACUGAGAGGAAAUAAUAGUUUUUGCUCUAGCACACAACAUUCAUCCCAGUUCUGUACACAAAUAACUAUCUUUGAUCUUACAGCUGGAUCUACGCAGGUGAACUCAACGGGUUUUGAUUUAAUUCUGUGGGGCUCCACAAGGGCAAGGUUUUGUGUCAUGAAGUCCCAUGGUAGCCAAUCUGGCUCCAUACAGGCACAAAGAUUUGAUCAUCCAUAUCUGAUUGUAAGAUCAGGAACAAUAAAUGUUAGAGAUAUAUUAGUCCACAACUGUAUAAUCUACAACUGGUUAGUAUUAUAUUUGUUUAGUUUAUUUUAUGUAAUUUAACUUAUUGUGAUCAUCUUAAGCUUACUAAUUAACAAAACUUCUUCAAUUCUUAAUAUGAUCAAGGAAGGAUUCUCAUUAAAAUCAGUUGAUAAUUCUCUAAUAAAAUGGUAUUUGAUAGAAUACAAGGUUUUCAGUACAACACAGGUUUUUGCUAAAAGUGCCAUCUUUCUGAAGAAAAUUUCAAUGUAAUAUCAAAAAGCCAAGAAAUAUUCAAUUUUUAACAGAAAUCCAAAACAUUUAAGUUAAGAAGACAACAACUCCCUCCCCCUCGUCAAGAGGAAACAAAGGCCAGGGGAGAGCUCCGUGGAAAAAAGGCAAACACCCUGGUGUUUACCUUAGGAGCCAGGAGGAUUGCUGGAAGCAAGAGUGGUGGGCAACAGCACUUCCAGAGUAAAUGCUGGAUCUGGAUUGGCCAGAGAUGCACAGCACCAAGUACUUCUGGCCCCAGAGAGGGGCAGCCCAGGGAAGAACCCUGCAAUGGGAAGCCUGGAGCAGAGGGGAACUCCCUUACCAAUGUCUGCUGGGAAAACUGCAGGAGGCAGGCAUUGGGGAGAGGGUGUGCAGAGAUUGGAGGGACCCUGAAGAAGUUGGUGUGGUGGACAGCAUUGUGGGCAGAGAGAUCCAGUGGAAUAAGGACUUAGCUUUCCAAGUAUGUGGAGAGAGAGAGAGAGAGAGAGAGAGAGAGGACCUGGGUGGCAGCAGGAAGCUUGGUCUUCUUAGAGGGACAGACUGACCUUUGAAUGAUGGCCUGAGGUGGCUGGGGAAGCAGAGGAAAGUUUUCUUUUUCUUGUGGAGAGUUUUUUUUUUUCUUAAAUUUUUGUGACCCUCAGUAUAACGACUGUGGAGUCGUGAGGAUGGGUGUAAGGAACGGAUGAGCCCUGUUAACACCACCUAACUGGCUGGGUGGGUUGGAGCAGGGUUUUGUUUUGUUUUUUUUCAUAUCUUCCACUGAAUAUUAUAAGAAAAACAUCAAAGAUGUGGCAGGUUAGAAUAUAACAUCUGGGAGGGGCUGAGGGGUAAUUUUGUAUCCCUUUUGCCCAUUAAAGAAAAGAAAAAGCAUCAUCCUUCUUGGGGCCCAAGCCCUAAAACACCUAUAGUUUACAUCCCCCAAAAAACCCUUCUGAAAAUUGGGUUUUGAAUUUCUGACCCACAGGAAUUGUAUAGAUGCCUUCUGCCCAUGCUGAGGCCUUAUGGGUUUUAGCCCAAAUCAUAUUAUGCCUCAAAACAUUUGUCUCUAAACAUGAUCUUGUUCCUUCCUACACAAUAGGCAAAAUUCUGUUAAAGGGCCUAGUUUACUUAUGUGCCUUUCAUGUGCUACCUUCUUAGCCUGAAAAUCUUUGUACAUUUUCCUAGACUUGAUCUAUUGCACAUGCUCAAGUGCAAUCUAGUAUGGUCAUUUAGGUGUCUAACUUUGCUUACAUUGGUUCUGACUUUAUUUAAUUUGGGAAAGAAUAUAAAUUCUAUGUAAAUCACCAAAUCCUUGAGUAGAAAAAGACCACAUGUAUCAACUAAUUGAUGCUGAGAUUAGGCAUGAUCAUAGCAUGUAAGUCUUGCUUAGUAGUGUAAUGGAUAAGGCACCAGAAGGAAAUGGAUGACCUGAAUUCUGAUAUUAUUGUUUAUCCAUGGUAUUUAAGGACUAUGUGAUGUUAAAUACAUGAACAGUCCAGGGAGCAAGCAAGAGGAAACUUGAUUGUUCAGUCUAGUGGUCAGGGAAAUCAGGGAAUGGAGUCUCCUGUGUUCUUGUUCAUGUUGCUGGGAAUGUUUAUGGAUUGGGUAUAACGGAUAACUAACACUGGGAGCAGGAGCCUUAACCACUACACUGCAGUCAUGCUCACUCUCUCUAGUUCCCUGACACUUUCAGUUGUGGCUGCCAGUGGCCUAGCUACAACAGGGGAUGGAGGAGCCUCGAACUCCUAGGUGAUUUGUCAAGGAGUGGGAGGCCCCUUCUCCCCAGUGUCUGCCUGUCAAUUUGCUACUGAGGCAGCACCUCCUCAGAGUAAAAGGAAUUCCAACAGGGUGCCUUCCCUCUUAGUGAGAUGCAGCAAGCCAAAUCUUAACUGAAGCACAUGAGGUUAUCUAUGUCUGCCUAUUGACAGAAGUGAGGAGAGGUAGUUACACAUCUCUCUGAGAUUGGAGGCACACUAGGCUGCCCAUGGAGAGUAUUGGAUCAGAUCUUCUGAGGAAGGUGCUUAAGUUCAAGCAAGCACAGUGGACAGAGCCUUGGAGGCAAAAGAGGAUUUCAACCAGAGUUCUCCAGGCAAAGUGCUCCAACUUAGGUUGGAGAUUGCCAGGAUGCAGCAUGGUGGCUCAUCAAGCCACUUCACCAAAAUGAAUCAUAGGUAGGGGUCUACCCAACUCAAGGAGGUGACUGACCAAUUUCAUGAGCAGUUUACAGGGCUGGCUCCCACUUUCAUGGGCUUAUUCAGGUGGGGCCCACCUCCAUCUCUGAUUGUCCAAGGGGCCCUGGUGGCUCCGCCCACUGCCACUGACUGGUGGAUGGGGAUGUCAGUCAUGUGGGUCCCACUCCUCACCACUGAUUGGUGGAGAGGGGUGGAGCUGCAUGACUGACAGCUCUCUCAGCCAAUCAGCAGUCAGGGGUGGGAGUGGCAGCCAUCUUGCCUGCUUGCCUUUGUGGCAGCAGUCCCUUUUGUGCUGGGCUAUGCAGCCAGGAGGACUGCUGGCUUCCACUGGGCAACUAGUAUUUUGUUUUUAGUAAGUGUUUUCUUGUUUUUUUCUGUGGAUUUCAUGGAGAUCGCCGGAUUUCAUGAUUUCCACGAAGUGUGUACAACUGUGAUUUGAGUAGGUGGCUAAUCAUAGGCCCUUAGAGGAUAAUUCAGAAAUGAGAUACUUGAUAAACAACUCCUUUCACACACUGCAGUGGCAUUUCUCAGUAGGAUUUGAUGGUUUUCAGCCAGACUGAUAAUUUUCAUUUUCAGAAUUUUUUUUUCACUUUAUGACUUUUUGCUAAAAUUAAGUAUUUUCCACAGAAAGACUUUUCCAACUACAUGUUCUUUCUUCUAUGAAUCGAUAACUUUAUGAAUUUUCCUUUAUUCUGUAUAUAUCUUUUGUAUGUGCCGGAUGAUGUGUCCUUAGUGAGAAGUGAUGGCACUAGAAUUAUUUCUACAAUUAUAUUCUAUGCAGCAAAGAGAUGGAAUCCAGAUCUUGAAUUUUGGGGGGAAAUUGCUUUGCAGGGUAAGCAUUUUGAAUUUUAUUAAAGUGUGACAGAUUCUGCAUUAUUAGUAGAAUUUUAUUGCCUGUCUGUUAGAACUAAUGCUGAGGCCAGUUCAUAGUGACAUGCCUAAUUAUCUACAAAAAUGUUUCAGAUCCUGGAAAUCUCUCUGCAACCUCCAUCAGUCUUUUCUACUGGAGGGAGUAGGGGAGAAGGAGGAGUUCAAACUGUUAUUUACUACAGUGAUGCCAGAAACAUGGUUUGUAAGUAACAAUGUCUUUAUAACGAGAAUAUAAAUAAUUUGUACCUAAUUGUCUAUUCAUCCUUCUUUUGUAGUAACAAGGGACUGGAAGAAAAAUCAAUAGCAUAGUGGUAUUAGUAUUAUUGUUGAUAUACCUUAGCACAAAGGGAGCCUAAAUGACUUAAAAACCUAAAAAUAAUCCAUCUAUCUCAAUAGAGGGAACCAGGAUUCAGCAGUCACAACUGUAUUCAAACAGGUCCAUGCUACAUUAUGUUAGAGUAUUUCUUGUAAAUCUUAUAUAGAAGUUUAAAUGAAACAUUUCAGAAUAGUUUUAUUUUAAUGGAAAAUGUCAAGAUUUCAAAUUUUUGUUCCCAAUUUGGACAGAUUUCAAAACCUCAGAAUUUUCUCAAGUAUUGAAAUGACCUAUUUUAGUCAGUUCUAGUAACACUCUUUAAAAUGCUUUUCAUUCAUUUAGUCCUUGUUAUGAACUAUGUUACUGCUUAGGGAAUGGCUGACUGAAUACAUCUCAUCAAAGAGUAUAAGGGCUUUGAAAUUGUAUUUUUACUUUUUCUCCCACUAAUCUAUACCCUUUUGCAUAAAUGAAAAUAAAACACUGCCAUGCACAAGGCUGGUGAUGGGAGAUCUGUUGUUCUAAUACAAGAAAUUAGAAUGAGACACUUUCACAAAUUAUAUGGUACCUUUCACCAAAGGAAGUUCAAAAUCUGACUUGACAAAUAGGUUAGUCAUGUCUAGUUUCUUUUGGGCAUACUAGAACAUGUCGUAGGAACCCAUUUAUGGCAAUGUGAUUUUCUGGAUGUCCCUUGUCAUGCAUAGAAGUUAAAUAAGCAUUAAGUUUUGCUCUAAAUUGCCUUAUGGACUUCUAGAGACCCUAACUAUGCAGGGAAUUGCCAAAACAUUUAAUGCUCCACCAUUCCCUUUUGUCAUGGAUGACUGAUACUAAGGAAUAUUUCCAGUGAUUUCACCAAGAUUGAGAUAAACCCCUAAAAAUAUGAUUACCCCAAAAGUCAGAUUCUGCAUUUUUCUUCUAAUUCUAUAAUAGAUGAUAUGACAUAGCAAUAUGAAUUUUCAUAUGAAUUCUAUAUCAUGUGAUGUUCACAUGGUGCUGUAUAUGUCACUGUCUCCAUAAAGCACACCUUUUGCCAAAAUGUAUACUGCAACCACGAAAUGUUUGGGCUAAUAAUAGUCUGGCUCUGUUUUUUGCUGCCAGGUACUCUAGUACAUUCCAUUGAGCUGGGAUAUGUUCAUAAGUGGAAGCAGUGUAUUCAUUGCUGCUUACAAUAUCCUUUAAAAGUAUUAAUUGACAAAAGGAAUACUGUCAAUGAUAUCUGCAGAUUUUCAUGACGAAUUCAUUUUCUUUAGAUAUUUCAUAUAACUUGUGUGUUAUUUUUUAUUUUACUUUUUAGGUUGUUUUAUAAGCUGUUUACUAGAGACAAUAACAGUUAGGAUAGAAACCAGCUAUAAAGUUGUUACACAUUUUCAAGAACUAACUUUAUAGCUGGUUGGCUCUUUUUAUAGCUGGAUAGUCAUUUUAUUAUGUGAUAAUUAUUUUGUACUGGUUUAAA